AGCUUUCUUUCCCUAUUUUGAGAGCCACUUCUAGUUGCUCCUUGACAAGCAAAAUAAAUGCAAUGGCUCUGUUUCUCUCUCUUUGCGUUGCUCUCAUUUUCUCCUUAGCUCAUGCUGCUGGUCCACCUCCACUUCUUGAUGGACUUGUUGAAAAUGGGGACUUUGAAGAGGCACCAGCAAAAUCAAACCUCAAGAAAACAGUGAUCAUAGGAAAAUACUCACUCCCCAAAUGGGAAAUCAAUGGCUUAGUAGAGUAUGUCUCGGGCGGACCACAACCAGGUGGCUUCUUCCUAGCCGUUCCUCGAGGGGUCCAUGCAGUGAGGCUAGGCAAUGAGGCAUCUAUCUCUCAAAAUCUUACUCUCAAACGAGGUUCAAUCUAUGCUCUCACAUUUGGAGCCACCAGGACCUGUGCUCAGGAUGAGGUGCUAAGGGUCUCAGUCCCUGGCCAAUCAAGUGACCUCCCUCUUCAGACCAUUUAUAGCAGCGAUGGGGGUGACACUUAUUCCUUGGCUUGGAAGGCUACUUCUGAUGUUGUCAAGGUCACAUUUCAUAAUCUCGGAAUUCAAGAGGACCCCUCUUGUGGUCCUAUAUUGGACGCUAUUGCAAUCAAGGAGAUGCCACCUCUCCGGCGUACUAUAGGCAACCUAGUGAAAAACGGUGGCUUUGAAGUUGGUCCGCAUAUGUUCAAGAACUUCUCAACAGGUGUCUUGCUCCCUCCCAAGCAACAAGAUCAAAUUUCACCCCUCCCUGGCUGGAUCAUUGAAUCCCUCAAACCAGUAAAAUACAUUGACAGCAAGCAUUUCUUUGUGCCCAAAGGAUUUGCGGCAAUUGAAUUAGUAGCAGGGAGAGAGAGUGCCAUAGCACAAGUCAUUAGGACAAUUCCUGACAAAUUCUACAACCUCACAUUCACAAUCGGAGAUGCAAAGAAUGCUUGCCAUGGAUCAAUGAUGGUUGAGGCAUUUGCUGCCAAGGAAACUGUCAAAGUUCCCUACGUCUCACAGGGAAAAGGUGGAUACAAGACUGCAAUUUUGAGGUUCCAGGCAAUUUCAGCUAGGACAAGGAUUACAUUUUACAGUGCAUACUAUCACAAUAAGCAGCACGAUUAUGGUCACAUGUGUGGCCCUGUCUUGGAUGAUGUCAGUGUGUUUCCUACUCACUAAUAAGAUCUUCAAUGCUUAUCCAAUAUUGCCGUGAGUAAUAUCUUGGGUAAUUAGAGAGGUUUGUAAUUGUCUAUGAGAGAGUUUAUUGCACAGAAAUGGGUGUUUAAACCUUCUUUAACAGAAACAAAUAAAAGUAAAGCUACUGUAUGGUAUAAACUCGAGCAAUUUACUUUCAAUGAUUGUAUAUAUGUC